AUGGCUUUCCACACCUGCGUCAACGCUGCGGGUCCAUGGGCAGCUGAUAUCAUGUCACUGGCUUUGCGCGAUUUUGAUGAGCCCAUGCUUCGCCUACCAGUGGAGAAGAGGUUGGUACCUGUGCUGUUGCGAUUACUUGUUUCACCGGUUUACAUAGAAGCCCUGGACAUUUGGUUUGCCAGCUGUUGGGUUGGUCAUUUCACUCACGCUGGGCGUAGCCGGCCUGCAUUUACGUGUGCGAAACCUACUUCAAGUUUGUGAGUAUGGGACAGCUGUCUUAUGGAGCACAUGGGACGGCCACUGCAGUUAAACCGUGGCCCAGUCGUCUUGGGUGUAGCUUCCCCGUUUGCACACGCGGAUGGGAAGACAACGUGAACUCGGAGCCGCUUACGGCUCCUCAGUCGCGCUGAACGAGGACCACUGUCGUCUGGAAAGACAGCGGCGUCGCUCUCUUCACCGUCCCCACAUCCGUCCUUUUCCGGUGGCACAACCAACUCAAAACAACUGAAGGUGUCUUUGGGUCGCCGUGAUCGGCCAUCGUUUAUGUUAUCGCAGCAUUUUCACCGCCGUCCCCCCCCCCCAGAUGGUGGUUGUCCUCUUGCUGUACCAGCGAGCGUCCUUAUAGGUUGCCUCGGGGGAGUCAGUCAUUUUGAGGAAUUGGCGGUCGCCCCGAAAUGCCAGCUGUCCAGCUUCCACCUACAGUAUCCCACCUUCUGAUGACCCCUCCUUUGCAUUCUUCCUAGGAAACAGAAUAUUUUUGUCGUGAGUCCGGACUACACCGCAGCUCCGAGCACACACUUUCCGGGGAUUGACGCGCCCAUCCUGAUUGACCACUCGGGCCUCUUUAUGCAGCGUCAAGGCCUCUCAGGAGACUUUGCCGUUUGCAUGAACCCCUGCCGGACGCAAAACCAGCACCCGGUGAGUCCCAAGCCCUUCUGUCCGUAGCCUAGUACGCGCGUGCGCCACUUCUUUGCAACAACUACUGUUGUUGUUGUUCUUCCUUUGUAGGAUAAGGCGGACUUCGAAGUUGACUACAGCGAGUUCACAGACCAAAUCCAGCCACGCCUGGCACGUCGCAUCCCUGCCAUGGCAACCGCCAAAAUUAGGUCCGCCUGGGCAUACCUCAACGACUACAAUCCGGUGGAUCAGAGUUUAAUAAUCGGGCCGCAUCCCUUCAUCAACAAUAUGCUGCUAGCAAACGGAUCCAGUGGUCUCAGCGCGCAACACUCAAUCGCGAUCGGUCGUGCUAUCGCGGAGUACGUCCACUACCGUCAUUUCAAGUCAAUCGAUCUGACACGUUUUUCCUUUGACCGUUUCUUCCUCAAUUUGCCCAUCUCCGAACGAAACACAUUUUAA